AUGCGACGGUCAUCCGAAAUAAGCAACAAUUCUGGUUUAGUUUCACCUUCACCCACAAAUGCCACUGGCGAUUUGUCCCCAGUCAACGGAACCAAUACCAGUGAGUUAAAUAUAAACGUGGAUUCCGAAGGUCAUCCCAGCGGCCCAGCUAGUCCAGACUCUUCAAGUAUCUCACCUAGCGCUCCUCUGAGUGUCAAUGUCCCUGUAAACAGCGCAACUACCUCUCCGAUACAGCGUCCGUCGUCACGAUCAUCGACUCCAUCGCCACCACCCCCACCCCCACCAAUUCAACUUCAUUACCCUUAUCCUGGUAUACAAAGUCAUCUACAUCACGGCCAGCCACGAAGCACAGGCAUCAACUCACCGUUCACACCAAACACAACUCGUCCCGCAUCAAUCUCGAUGACACAUGGAAUGACAACCAAAUCUCGCCCGGCUUUGUCUUCUCAUGGAUCACAUCCCGCAAACUCAUCUUACCAGGCCCCUUUUGUUUCUAUGUCCCCACAAACACAAACCAGUCGCAUGUCAUUCACAUCACCUGCUCGUGCCGGUGCACCA